GUUAGCAGACAAUGCAGAACUGGGUUUAUUGGCAUUCUUCUUUACCAUUACCUUCAAAAUACAUGUACAGUAUUUUGUUAUUUCUCCUCUUGUUGUUACGUGUUAAUGGUAAGUCCAGAACUCGAGUGGUCAGUGAACCAGUAAGUGUAAAAUCAGGCAAAAAUGUGACCAUUAAUUGCAAACUGGUAGACACAAGUGAAGUGAUUCAACAAAUAUCCCUGCAGAAAUAUACCAGUGGCAAGUGGGAAAACUUUUUUGUCAUUUCACAAGACGGUGCAGGAAAAGCUUUAAAUGAGUUUGGCAAGCGAUUUUCAUUUAUUGGAAAGGAACAAAGGCAUGCCUCUAUUCUGUUGCAAAAGACAAGUCUGUUGGAUGAUGGGGAGUACAAAUGUAUUUUCACCAUUUUUCCUAGUGGGACGUUUGAAGAUGUGUUUCGUAUUACAGUUUACGUUCAGCCAUCAGUAACAGUGCAAAGUGAAGAUAUUCCAGAAGAUGUUACCACUGAAGGUGUCAUUGCAGUUUGCACUGCAGUCAAUGGAAAACUCAAACCUGAUAUGUCAUGGAUCGCCACCUUUGAGCACAGAGUGGAGAUGAACUUCGUGGUACAUUCAAAUGGUUCGUCAACAGUCCAAAGUCAGCUAUUUGCUGUGCCUUCCAGAAUGCUGAAUCAGGUUGAAGUUUUCUGUGUUGUGGAGCAGCCUGUUCUUGCAACGAAAAUGAAUACUACAGUUAAUUUAAGUAUCACUUAUGCACCCAUUGUCACUGUACGGAUCGCAGAGAGUGAAUCUGAUAAGAUGGUUAUCCUGUGUGAAGCUGAUGCCAAUCCUGCCGCAGAGAAAUUUGUUUGGAAAAAGGAAAGUGACAUAAUAGGUUUUGAUAAUGUUACAUCAGAGGAGAACAGACAUCUUACACUGAUGCUAGCCAAUGAAGGCAAUAAGCAGUACUUUUGCAAGGCAACUAAUGUAAGAGGCACUGGUGUUGGCACAUUUUAUCUUAAAUCUGCACCUGUUCACAGAAUCAACACUGCAGGCAUUAUUCCUCUUUUGAUCAUUAUUUUAGUAAUGGGUAUUUGUCUGUGGCUCUUGGUCAAGAAAAGGAAUUGGAAGUUAAGUCAAGCUUAAGGCAAGUGGUAUCAUUUUAUUAUCAUGAUUA